UCAUUGAGUUUAGUGUUGGUUUACCGGUUCCUUGAACAGAACAUAGGUUUCUACGAUGUUUGAAAUUUUUCUAAUUUUAACUCUUUUUUCUCUUGCGCUUGGACAAGAAUGUGCAGAUUUUGAAAACUCAGGAUUUUUUUGCGUUGAUUCUCGUCUUUGUAUAGAGGGAAAUAUUGAUCAAUCUGGACAAAAUGUACUUUCCGUGAGACAAGCUGAAGAACCUUCCCUACCAUCCCCAGAAACCAGAAGUCAAGCUUUGCGAUCAAGAUGUCCAGAAGUAUCUGAGACCUGUUGUUAUUAUGGUGAAGGAUUAGGAUUGCAAUAUUUUAAAACAGAGCAACCAGCCUCAAGAUCUUCAUGCGGUCAGCAUAAUGAAGGUGGAGUUGAAGGAUUUGUGAGCAAUGAAAGAAAAAAACUUGGAUUCGGGGAGUUCCCCCAUAUCUGCGUUAUAUUGUCAAGAUUAAUAGUUGACGGCAAGCGUAAAAAGCAGUAUGAAGGAGCAGCCUCAUUAAUCUCACCCAGGGUUCUUCUUACAGCAGCUCAUAUUGUAGACGACUUUGGUGAUGAUGAACUUGAAAUCAGGUGUGGGGAGUGGGAUAGUUCAACCAGGGAUGAACCACUUCAACAUCAAACCAGAACACCUGAGAAGGUUCUCAUCUAUCCUGAAGCUAAUUCUGAAAAUCUUCACAACGACUUUGCUCUCAUUUUUGUAAAUGAAGAGUUUUCCAUCUCGCAACAUAUAUCUCCGGGUAACAUUUGUUUACAGGGGUUUAUUUUCUUUUACAGGAGCCCAGUUGAGGCAAUGUUGUAG